UUUAUUUUUUUUCGCACGCCUUCACUGCGUACAUCCCCUAUACACUCUGACCCCAGAAUCCGUCACUGCUGUCGUCGCUUCUCAGACGUCUCAACCCCCGCCCGCCAAAAAAAAAAUUAUUAAUAUAAUAGUAUAACGCACGUGUGUACACGCGUGUGCACAAUGACCUAACCGCGUACGACCGCCGCCGCCGCGCCGUACGAACCGCAACGACGUCGACGACGACGACGCCGCCGCCGCCGCCGCCGCUUGACGCUUGACGCGCGCCAACCGUCUGUAAUAGAUUGCACACAAACGUGCCACGCCGGGUCGUGCUGAAGUGCGAUAUAUAAUAGUGAGUACGAGCGUCUAUAUAAAAUAUAUAUCAUAAUAUUUCGCGGCCAGCACCGUCACCAUGAUGGACCCUUUCUACUGGGAUCACCACCAACAGCAGCAGCCUCACCACUAUCACCAUCACCUGCACCAGCAGCACCACCAGCCGCCGCCACCGCCGUCGUUGCUGCCGCCACAGCCUCACCUGCAACAGCAUCAGAUGGACCACCCGCAGAGAUUACAGGACGGUGCUUCUUCCGUCGUCGCCUCCACCACCACCGAUACUCGCGGUCAGAAUGACACUGAUAACGCGUCCGACGAUUCGUACCUGACGUCUUCGCACAGCGCGAUGACGGCAGAGUCGGUAUCACCGCCGUUGGCCGCCGGUGGCGGAGGCGGCGGCUUAUCGCCCGACGUUAUGGGCGCCGCCGGGUGCGGCACGUGCUGUACCGCCGCCACCGUCGGCGGCGUGACGGGCGACCGCAACGGCGGUUCCGAGUCCGCCGUGGCCGUGUGCUCGUGCCACCUGGCCGCGGCCGCGUCGCUGCCACCGCACUACGCCAGCCACCGUAGCACACCGGCCACAACGGCUGUGUACGCGCCGUACCCGUCCACCGACCAGAACCCGUAUCCGAGCAUCGACACGUCAUCGUUUUACCCGCACUUGAGCAACCCGUACGGACUGAAAGACUCGACGGGCUCGUCGGACAUGUGGUCCAGCGCCAGUCUGCAACCGUCCACCGGCUACUAUCAUUACGACUCCACUCUGGCCGCUUACGGGUACAGCGCGGGAUACGACUUGGCGGCCAGGCGGAAGAACGCCACCCGGGAGUCGACGGCCACACUCAAGUCGUGGCUCAACGAGCACAAGAAGAACCCGUACCCGACCAAGGGCGAGAAGAUCAUGCUGGCCAUCAUCACCAAGAUGACGCUCACGCAGGUCAGCACGUGGUUCGCCAACGCCCGGAGGCGGCUGAAGAAGGAGAACAAGAUGACGUGGGAGCCCAAGAACAAGACGGACGACGACGACGACGACGACGCCGGGUCGUCCGACUGCGAGGACAAGGACAAGGACGACAUGCUGAUGGGCGACGAGAAACACUGCAACAAGGACGUCAGAAAAGAUAGUCACGGGGAUCACAUGAUGGGCCAAGGCGUCAUGUCAGACGGCGACGACGAUCGCAAGCCGAUGCUCCAACACCUGUACCACCCCGAUCAGAUGCACCACAUGAAGGUGCACCACCAUCACGUCAUGCAGGACGAUCACCAUCAGGACUGCGGUAUACCGUUGCCGCCCACCAAGCCGAAAAUAUGGUCACUGGCCGACACCGCCGCGUCCAAGACUCCGCCGCCCGGACACCAGUGGCCGAACGUCAUCAGUCCGAGCCUGGCUUCGCCCGGUUUCACCAUGCCCAACACCUCGUCGCUGUCGCCGUCUGGGUCGUCUUACUCCAGGUACGGCGCCAACGGGUUUUACGGCAGUGGUUACAAUGGCGGCAACAGUAAUUCGUCGUCGUCGUCGGCCCAGCAAAUGGCCGGAUAUCCGGACGUGCAGACCGACACGCCACCGCAGACCCCGCCCAACAUGAAGUUACCGCUGUCCGCCUCUUCCGGUCAACAGCAACAACAGCAGUUUGGCGGCCAUCAGGGCACUUACAACGGGUACCAUCACCAGCAGCAGCAGCAGCACCAGCAACAGCAGCACAACAGUUAUCACCACCGGCAACACGUUCCGCCGAUCCAGCAACAACAGCAGCACGAUGUGGUCAGGUCGGCCCAAGAAGUACAGCAGCAGCAGCAACAGCAACAGCAGCAGCAAUAUCAUCAACAGCACGUUGCGCUCAGCCAGCACAACAACAACAACAACAACUCAAACACUAACAACAACAACCAUCAGAUGGCGGUUGUGGCCAACGACGCGAGUACGGCGUUCAAACCGUUUUACAAGACGCCUUCGCAACAACCGCAUCAACAGCCGCAUCAGCAACAGCACCAGCAACAGCAGCACAGACAGAUGAACGGUUACGUGUCACCCGUGUAAUUUGCACCACCGAUUGUCAUUUCGGGACGUUCGGACGACUGAACCUCCAGACACUGCUGCGCGGUCGAUCGCUCGCGCUCGCCAACACGGGAAACGGAUAUUCUUCGACUACUCUAUACAUAUUAUAUUUAUAUUAUUGUACUGGUCGCCGCUGCCGCCGGUCGCCUUAAUGCAUAUAUAUAUACAUUAAACAUAUAUUAUUAUAUAUAUAUAUAUUGAAUUAAAAUAUAUAAACGGCUCCGCGCGGGAAUUAAGAUAUAAUUUUAACCGUUCUAACAUUCUUCUGUAGAUUUUUAAAAGCUAACAUAUAUACUAUUAUUAUUAUUAUUAUCAUAUUAUCAUUAUUAUUAUUUUUAUUUUUACCUAUACAUAAAAUAUCGGUAUUGUAUAUUGUUAAAAAAUUAUAUAAUAUGUUUGUGUUCUCAGAAUAAUAUAUUAUAUUAUAUUAGCCCCUCGUACGCAUCAUAUAUACAAAAUUAUAUAAUGUAUAUGGGAUGUAAAUAAGUUGGAUUGCUCUACACGCAUUUAUGUAUCGAAAAAAAAUUAUGUUAUCUAUUAUAAAUAAUUUGUAAAUAUGAAUUUAUAUUUUAAAAAUCGAUUUGGAGUGCAAUUUGGGGAUAAGAAUAAAAGCAUAUAAUGUGUCUAUUAUUAGUUAUGGAUUUUCGUUGUUUAUUUAAUUAGUUUUUUUUUUUAUAUAUAUAAUAUUAUUAUUAUUAUUAUUAUUAUUAUUAUUAUUAUUAUUAUUUACUGUGUACAAAAAACAAAAAAACGAAAUAGAAAUCGAUUAAUUUUCUCUCUGAAAAAAAUGUAUUGUUCGUGUAUACCAUAUUAUUGUACCUAUAAAUACUUUUACAUUAUAUAUUAUUCUAUACAUAAAUGAACACUGCUUGGACUGACGCGAUUUGACAAAUUUUCUCCGCAGUUGCAGUUUUAUCGUCAUCGCCAUGUUAUACAUUUCGUUAAUCGUUAUAUACCGGAUUUCUACAGAGACUUGAACUAUAAAAAUAAAUAAAUAAUUAUAAUAUAAUACUA